AUGAGUGAGCGUGUUGCGACAUCUCAAUCGGACGAUAAGAGGUCCGUCGAAGAAGGCGUAUCCUUCCUCCAGCGGCCCGGGCCUUUGGCUGCGAGGGAGUUGCACCACACGAACCUCGGCGCUAUCGAAGUGAAGCCUACGUCGCCGAAUCCUGCACCCGCGUUAUCCAAGCGAAGAGGCUCUAGGGGUUCUUCAAGGGGUUCUUCCAGACGGGUCAAGUCCGUGCCUUCUCGUCCUAAGAAGACGACCCCGAAGAAGACUCCUAAGAAGAAGACACCCACGCACAAAACUCCGACGAAGAAAAAGCCCGCAAAGGGAACGACCAAGAAGAACAAAAAGUGCUCCGCGAAGGCUCCAAAGACAUGUGCUAAGAACCAGAAAGAUGCAAAGGGCUGCUGCAAGGUGUCACAGUGCCCAAAGAAUGCUCCUAAGAAAUGCACGAAGAAAGAGAAGGACCCAAAGACCGGUUGUUGCAAGGUGUCAGAGAAGCUUGAGUUCACCAAGUACCCGAAGGGCAAGCAGCACUGGACUCCACCGAAGGUGAAGACGCCCGCUGCCGGACGUCGAUCGGUGGUUGGCUCCGGUGAGCCGACAGUCAUCAAACCCGAGGCCAGGGCUCUUGAUCUAGCGAAACGUGUCUCCCACUCAGUCGCAGAAGGCAGUAAGUUGGAAGCAGGAGCCGCAGACUCCUUAAAGACGUGGCAUGUGAUCAACUGCAUCGCCAUCUCCGGCUACGACACUGCAACAGGCAAGAAGGCUAUGGCGCACAUCAAUGCCAUAUCUCGUACAGGAGUGGAGUACCAAAAUCAGUUCAGAGACUUCGCCGAUAUUGUGUACGCUUGGAAAGGACCGAUAGAGGUCUGGGUGAGGUGGCCCCAUAGUACUGCUAUUCCGGAGGACAGGAAAGAUUUGAAGAAGGAACAGAAGGAGUUUGAGAAGGACAUCAAGCAAUGGGUGGGCUGGAUGGAGAGUUCUCCAGGUCCAAAGAUCAAGGUCAUCGAACGGUCAGCAUCAAAAAGAGAGGGAGACAUGGUAAUGUAUGAAGAAGGAGAUGUUUCAGUCGAUUAG